UAGCAGCUGGAGUGUUGUUGGAUUUGUGAACCUGUGCCCCUGUAUGCCUUGACCUUUCCUAAGGGUCAGUCUCUUCCUGGUAGUGCUUUUGUGUACUUGUCGGGUUGCGACUUCAUGUUUCUUUGAUAGGAUUGUUGUUUGAAACUGUACACAGGUAUGAGUUUAUAUCAGUUGUGAGGUGCAAUGGGGUAAAGAUCUGCAAUGAACCCAGGACCUUACUGUGAUCAUGGCUUUGUCUAGGUGUUUGGCAGGUGUGGGGAUGUGGAGAGAGGUGGGGCUGACAGGUGGUGCUGAGUGGGGCUGGAACACCUAUCACAAGCUUUUCUGUCCCCCCACCUCACCUGUUCACUGCCCAGUCCCUUGUCUAUCCAGUCUGCUUUCAUCUUUUCAUCUUUGUUGACUGUAUCUGAUUUUCAGUGUGUCUCUCUUUCUCCUUUUGGGAACGUAUUUCAGUGUAGGAUACUUACCUAGCAUGCUCAAGGCCCUGGGUUCAAACCCCUGUACUGCCAAAAACAAAACAACAAAAGAUCAGCCUGCACACAGAUGUUACCAGUACUUCUUCCUCUUCCUCCUCCCCACUAUCAAACGUGCCCUGGUUCCAUUUCUAGCUUCUCUUUGCCAGUGAACAGACCCUCCUGCCCCCACCGGGGCCAGAGCUGGCUGGGCUUUAAGGAAGGCUUGCCCUGAGAAGGACUUCUGAGCCUGCAGCACGGAGUCCAGGGGAACCAGGGUCUGAUAAUCUACGCUCCAGAGUUCCAGAGAAAACGGGAGUGGGCUGCCGAGUUGAGGCGAGGAACUGAAAGGAGGGGAUACAGAGAGGAGAGGGCUGGAAGAGGGUGGCCCUCCAUCAGGCUCUGGGGCAAUAUAGGUAGGGCUGUGGAGGACGGGGACCCCAGAAAGCGCCAGAGGAAAGCAAAGGUUGGUGGUGUGAAAAGAGCGGGUCUGGCUGGACAGGCCCCCGACAGCUGCUCGCGGGAGCCGCCUCCCGACACCCGAGCCCCGCCGGCGCCUCCCGCUCCCGGCUCCUGGCUCCCUCCGCUCCCCCGCCCCUCGCCCCGCCGCCGAGGAGGCCCUGCUCCGGGCUGGGACGCCUAGUUCUGCGGUUCUGCAGGGAAGAGCGAUGAGAGGUUUCCACCUGUCCUCACCCCGUUGACUUCCUUCUGGCUUGGUCACCUAUGUAUGUAACCAAGGUGUCUGAAGGUGACCAUUCACUAAGUGCUGGGAUUGGACUUUAAAGAAUGCCAAGAGAUGCUGCCCCCACCCCCUUAGGCCUGAGGGAUCAGGAGCUAUGGGGCCAGGGGCCCUCUCAUCUCUACUGAUGCUGCUACUGCUCUUGGUAGCAACUGGAGAUGCUGACAUGAAGGGACAUUUUGACCCUGCCAAGUGCCGCUACGCCCUGGGCAUGCAAGACCGCACCAUUCCAGACAGUGACAUCUCUGUCUCCAGCUCCUGGUCAGACUCCACUGCUGCUCGCCACAGCAGGCUGGAGAGCAGUGAUGGGGAUGGGGCAUGGUGCCCUGCAGGGCCAGUGUUUCCCAAGGAGGAGGAGUACCUGCAGGUGGAUCUACGGCGGCUACACCUCGUGGCUCUAGUGGGCACCCAGGGACGCCAUGCUGGGGGCCUGGGCAAGGAGUUCUCCCGCAGCUACCGGCUGCGUUACUCCCGGGACGGUCACCGCUGGAUGGACUGGAAGGAUCGCUGGGGUCAGGAGGUGAUCUCAGGUAAUGAGGACCCUGGGGGAGUGGUGCUGAAGGACCUUGGGCCCCCCAUGGUGGCCCGCCUGGUUCGCUUCUACCCCAGGGCUGACCGGGUUAUGAGUGUCUGUCUGCGGGUGGAGCUCUAUGGCUGCCUCUGGAGGGAUGGACUUCUGUCUUACACAGCCCCUGUGGGGCAAACCAUGUACUUAUCUGAAGCUGUGCACCUCAACGACUCCACCUACGAUGGAUAUACUGUUGGCGGGCUACAGUAUGGUGGUCUGGGCCAACUGGCAGAUGGUGUGGUAGGGCUGGAUGACUUUAGGCAGAGCCAGGAACUGCGAGUUUGGCCAGGCUAUGAUUAUGUGGGAUGGAACAACCAUAGCUUCCCCAGCGGCUAUGUGGAGAUGGAGUUUGAGUUUGAUCGGCUGAGGGCCUUCCAGGCCAUGCAGGUACACUGUAACAACAUGCACACACUGGGAGCACGCCUGCCAGGCGGGGUGGAGUGUCGCUUCAAGCGGGGCCCUGCCAUGGCCUGGGAAGGGGAACCCAUGCGCCAUGCCCUGGGAGGCAGCCUCGGGGACCCCAGAGCCCGGGCUAUCUCCGUGCCCCUGGGCGGCCGUGUGGGUCGCUUUCUGCAGUGCCGCUUCCUCUUUGCUGGGCCUUGGUUACUCUUCAGUGAAAUUUCCUUCAUCUCUGAUGUGGUAAAUGACUCCUCUCUGGUUCUGGGGGGAACCUUUGCACCAGCCCCCUGGUGGCCUCCUGGCCCACCUCCCACCAACUUCAGCAGCUUGGAGCUGGAGCCUCGGGGCCAGCAGCCUGUGGCCAAGGCAGAAGGGAGCCCGACCGCCAUCCUCAUUGGCUGCCUGGUGGCAAUCAUCCUGUUGCUGCUGCUUAUCAUCGCCCUCAUGCUCUGGCGGCUGCACUGGCGCAGGCUCCUCAGCAAGGCUGAGCGACGGGUAUUGGAAGAGGAGCUGACAGUUCAUCUCUCUGUUCCUGGGGACACCAUCCUCAUCAACAACCGCCCAGGUUCCCGAGAGCCACCCCCUUACCAGGAGCCCAGGCCUCGUGGGAAUCCACCCCACUCUGCUCCCUGUGUCCCCAGUGGCUCUGCGUUGCUGCUCUCCAAUCCAGCCUACCGCCUCCUUCUGGCCACUUACGCCCGUCCCCCUCGAGGCCCGGGCCCCCCCACACCCGCCUGGGCCAAACCCACCAACACCCAGGCCUUCAAUGGGGAUUAUAUGGAGCCUGAGAAGCCAGGUGCCCCGCUUCUGCCCCCACCUCCCCAGAACAGCGUCCCCCAUUAUGCCGAGGCUGACAUUGUCACCCUGCAGGGCGUUACCGGGGGCAACACCUAUGCUGUGCCUGCGCUGCCCCCAGGGGCGGUUGGGGAUGGGCCCCCCAGAGUGGAUUUCCCUCGGUCCCGGCUCCGCUUCAAGGAGAAGCUUGGCGAGGGCCAGUUUGGGGAGGUGCACCUGUGUGAGGUAGAGAACCCUCAAGAUCUGGUCAGUCUUGACUUUCCCAUCAGUGUACACAAGGGACAGCCCUUGCUGGUAGCUGUCAAGAUCCUACGGCCAGAUGCUACUAAAAAUGCCAGGAAUGAUUUCUUGAAGGAGGUGAAGAUCAUGUCACGGCUCAAGGACCCAAACAUCAUCCGGCUCCUGGGUGUGUGUGUGCAGGAUGAUCCCUUGUGCAUGAUUACUGAUUACAUGGAAAAUGGAGACCUGAACCAGUUUCUCAGUGCCCACCAGCUGGAGGACAAGGCAGCCGAAGGGGCCUCCAGGGAUGGGGAGGCUGCCCAGGGGCCCACCAUCAGCUACACGAUGCUGUUGCAUGUGGCAGCACAGAUCGCCUCAGGCAUGCGUUAUUUGGCUACACUCAACUUUGUACAUCGAGACUUGGCCACACGGAACUGCCUGGUUGGGGAAAAUUUCACCAUCAAAAUUGCUGACUUUGGCAUGAGCCGAAACCUAUAUGCUGGAGAUUAUUAUCGUGUGCAGGGUCGGGCAGUGCUGCCCAUCCGGUGGAUGGCUUGGGAAUGCAUCCUCAUGGGGAAGUUCACAACGGCCAGUGAUGUGUGGGCCUUUGGAGUGACCCUUUGGGAGGUGCUGAUGCUCUGCAGGGCUCAGCCCUUUGGGCAGCUCACUGACGAGCAAGUCAUCGAGAAUGCUGGGGAGUUCUUCCGGGACCAGGGACGACAGGUGUACCUGUUCCGGCCACCUGCCUGCCCACAGGGCCUGUAUGAACUGAUGCUUCAGUGCUGGAGCCGGGAGCCUGAGCAGCGACCCCCCUUUUCCCAACUGCAUCGGUUCCUGGCAGAGGAUGCACUCAACACGGUGUGAAUCAACAUUCAGCUGCCCACGCCCUCGGGGAGCAAUCCAGGGGAAGCCAGUGAUACUAAAACAAGAGGAGCCUAUGGCAUCCCCACUCCACCCGCUUCCAACUGCCCAGCACCUAAGAGAGGCAUUGUGACAGCAGGUGGGCUAGGCCUGCCCAGGGAGCUGAUAACUCCAUUUUCACUGGACAUAAGCUCAUGUCCACAUCCUGUUCCUCCUUCCGUCUCCCUAGAAACUCCUGCCACCCACUCAACUGGCCCUGUGGAUGGGAUCCUCUCUGACUUCUUCCAUCAUCCUUUGGGGAAGGGUGGAGGCAAAUGCAGGGCAGACACUGGACGUGGCUUAUUGGAAUACCUGGGCCCCACUGGAUAACACUGGUUCCUGGGAGGUGGCUGUGCCCCUAGCCUCUCUCUUCCUGUCACACACUGGACCCCACUGGUUGAGAAUUGAGGGGGUAGAAAGGACAAGAAGGGAAGAAAGCUGUUCCCUCAUGCCUACCCCCUGGAACUGUUCUCAGCUUUGGCUUCCUCCUCCUCCAUCCCCAACACAUUGGACCUGGGGAUUCCCUACUACCCACCUGCCACCUGUGCUAUAGCUAGAACUUCUCUAAAACUGUACAUUUCUGUGGAGUAAAUUGGGAUUUAGGGGAAAAGAGGGAGCAAUGGCCUUUGGCCUGGGAUUGGACAUCUCUGUCUUAGCUGCCAAAAUGUUUUUCUAUAAUCACUUGGGGUUUGUACAUUUUUGGGGGGAGAGACACAGAUUUUUACACUAAUAUAUGGAUUUAGCUUGAGGCAACUUUAAUCCCCUGCACUAGGCAGGUAAUAAUAAAGGUUGAGUUUUCCACA